AUGGCUCUCAAACACCUGCUUGCUCGCAUCUUCAAGCGAUUCAGGAAGUCUGGAUCUGCCCCUGCGCUAAACGUCACUACUGCCGCAACGCCUGCUCCUGCAUCAAAUGUCUCAUCUCUGUGUGUUGCUCCCCUAACUGAACGGUCUCCGGCUACCCAAGCAAUUUUUCCUGUCAAUGUAAACCUCCGAUUUCACGUAGUUUUGUCCCCUACUGCCGAUGGCGCCCAUAUGUCAAUCGAACAAAGUCAAGUAUUACCUACUCUUGGCACAAGUUGUGAAGGACACGCGCACACCACUCAGGGACCUGUACCGCUUCUCGAGACUUCUCCAUCAAAUUCUCCGGUUGUAUUUAACAUCGAAAUGACCGCCACCCAACCGGCAGAGAUAGUCGGUACGAUUCCUGGUUCCGUUCUUCCUUCCGUCCAAGGACUAAAUCUCUUUGGACUCGACACGACGUGCCCUCAAGAUGAACAACAACCCUCGAACAUGGCUGCCUUAACUCGACCUGCCUCUUUGAUGGACGCCGCUCAAGACUACAAUAUUCAGUGCAUAGCACCAGUUGAGGUCCAACCUCGCACAGUGCUUGUGACACCUCAUUCUCUACUUUCCAAAAUUGUCGUCGCGACACCAGUUUUGGCUCGGACCACGCAAACCAUCGAGAGCAAGGACAUCGAGACGCCCCAAAAAUGCGCUGGCGCAAGACCACUCAUUCAAAUUGCAGGACCUUCGGUUGGACCUACUGCAGAAGCUGUCGUACCGUCCAUGAUGCCUACUAUCCCCAACGAACUUUCAUCCCAGAAAGCACGCCUGGGCCUACAGCAAUAUGAUUUUGUGUUUCCACAUUUUCCCCUUGGCCAAUUGCUAUCCCCUGCCACUCACGCUCCCUCCCACAAAUCACGCAUAGACCGACAGCGAUAUAAUUCUCUAAUUCCACAGCUUCAAUGUGACCAAUCACCAUCGCCUGCCCCCCAUGAAUCACCGCGAUACCCACCUGGUCUGAAGCUUCCCGCAGAUAAGAAGCCGGGGGUCCAAGCUGGGCACUUACGUUCUGUGCCAUCUAUACACCCUACACAGCAGGGAUCCGUCUUCAAACUACGACAGGAUGUUACCCAGCGGAACCUCGACAACGACGCAUCGCCACGACCUCCGCGAGGCAAUGUCGCACUUAACCUCGCCGAUGUGUUCCCGACUCUUGGAUCCAGUGCCUCGAAUUUUCAGCUGAUUUCGAACAAUGGGAACCUUGCCUAUUCCAUUCAGGCAGGCGGUCACAAGUACGUCGCCACGGCACAGGUCGGCAGUGGUGGAUUCGGUUAUGUCUGGUACGCCAUCAAGGACCAGAAAGAGGAGGUCGCUAUCAAGGUCAUCGACAAGGCUGGAUUGCUUGCGCGAUUUGUUUACUGUGCCAAGGACAAACGGCCAACCAUGCAACAACUGCUCGCAGGCUCUCAAGUAGCGGCAGCGGCUAUCAGCUCUGAAUAUGAAGCAUUCAAGCGUGUCACCGAAGAGCGAUCCCCAUUUUUGACUCCUUUGUUGCAUGCCUUCGAGGACGAGGAUAAUUUUUACUUCGUAAUGAGGUUCUACCCGCAGACUCUUCGCACUAGGGCAAAAUUUGGAUUCAUGCAUUGGCAGUUGCGUCUUGUUGCUGCUGAGCUUCUUCUCGCCCUCCAGCAUCUUCACAGACUGCGCGUCGUGCAUUUGGACUUGAAGAUGGAAAAUGUGCUCGUAACUCCUUCCGGUCACAUAUGCAUUGCAGAUUACGGCAAUGCUGAAGUCCUGGACCGCAAACUGACUUAUCAGCAAUUCCACGACGAGCGUAUGUACGGUGCAUCGGGUACCGACGGUUACCUUCCUCCAGAGCGAGUCAAAGGAGACCAGGGAUAUAACUUUAAGACAGACACCUGGACCUAUGGUUCCAUUUUACUGGAGCUUUUACUAAUAAAUGGCGGGCAUUGGUACUCUAUAUAUCAUUUUAGUGAUGGAACACAUAAAUUUGGCAACGACCACAAGAUACCAGCGGGUUACAAUGAGGAACGCCGACUGGCUUUCAUAAGACCGAACGAUGAAAUAGAUCUCAUCCAAGAUAAGGACGCCAAGGAUCUUCUCUAUUCUAUUUUCUUCCCCCAACACCAUGCCAUGAGGCCUGAGUCAGAGUCAAUUCGCAGUCAUCCGUUUUUCGCGUGCAUCGACUGGGUGAAGUUAGAGAAUCGGGGAUACGAUCCCAUGUUCAAAGCUUGCUUGGGCAACGCACCACUCCAAUCUGUAGACUCUGGAAAGAUUGCCAUUGAAUGCUCUCAUCCUCGGCUACCAGAAUUCAAAAAAGUUUUGCUCGAGCAGGCCAACAAUAAUUUUGCUCUCGGGCGAAUGCACAUGGACUACGAGUGCCCGACCGAAUUGGCACACGAUGCUAUGCAUGGAACGACUUGCAGGGCUCCAGGGACUAAGGUACCCCGGAGGCAUGUUUGUCGAUGUGACUUGCCUGCCGACUGGAAUAAGGGUUGA